UUAAGUAUUUGCCUUUGCGCCUACACGAAUAACAGGUGGGACGUGGUGUGCCACGGAGUCAAGCGUUGCCCCCGAAACUGCAGGCGUGUUGAAGAGGGUGCGGCGAACCAAUGUCUGCGCAGACAUUUUGUGGGGCUGCAGGUCACAUGGGUCCAAGUCCAUCCUCUGAGAAUGGUACCUCGCAUCGGAACGAGGCUCUACGCAGAAGUUACGAAGGCGAAACGAAGGAGAAAGUUUCCGACGACGUUGUGCCAAAUGAAAACGGGGAGCACGAGUGUCAUUGGUCCUACGAUGGAGUAAAAGGGCCCAAACCGGACAAGUGGGGCGACCUGGUGUUCUGCAUGCCUGGAAGCGUAUGCGACAGGGGCUCCGUUCAGUCACCCAUCGAGAUACCUUCCGGUCUCAGUGAAGAAAGCGCAAACCUCAAGCUGGAAAACUACGACAAGGGCUUCGCGAAGUUCGACGUAGACGUGGACGGUCACGCGAUCAUGGUGAUGAUCAAGGAAGGCGGCGCUGCUCCAUCUGUGGAAAGCGAGGACGUGCUUGGCGAAGGCAAAUUUGUGCUGAAACAGUUUCACUUCCACCUCGGGACCAACGACAGCCGCGGAGCGGAACACAAGAUCGACGAAGCAGGGCACGGCUUUCCCAUGGAGGCCCACUUCGUCCAUGCCAAAGAAGGUAAAAGCAGCGUGAACGAGGCCCUCAAGGAGCCCGGCAAUGUACUCGUUGUGGCUGUCCUGUUCCAGGUGGAAGACACACCUGCGGACGAUAAAGCGGACGCUGCGCUCCAAGCCAUUGUUGACAAAAUCGGCGUCACCACCGACUCCGUCAAGAAACUGAAGCUCGACGACUUCAUAGGUCCCAUCACAAGUUACUACAACUACAAAGGCUCUCUGACGACGCCCCCUUGCACGGAGGGUGUCGAGUGGAUCGUUCUCGACUCGCAUCCCUCGGUCAAAAAGAAAACGCUCCAAGCGCUACGCGACAAGUCGCCAAAGGUACCCAAGGACAACUUUCGUCCGUACAAGACUUCCCAGAACCGUGAAGUCAAAAAGUACACCACGACAACGUAGUUGGAAUAAAGCUCGUCUUCUCUCCCGCGAGACUCCGCCGGUUGCGGCUUA